AUGAAGGUAGUCGAACGUCUAGCAGCUGCGAAGCUACAAGGUCCACGGCGCUCAGGGUGGACGUACCUCCACUGGGCCGCAGCUUCUGAGGACAUCUUGGUCCUACGUGCACUGUUGGAUGCUGGAGCAGAAGUUGAUGCGCAGGACACAGAAGAGUCAACAGCACUGCAUGUUGCUGCAGCCCACAACAAAGUUGAAGCUGUGAGGCUACUACUGCAACAUGGCUGCAAUGCGGAUAUCGAAGAUUACAGAGGAGAUACACCACUUGCUGUAGCCGCCAGAGAGAAGCAUUUCGAAAUUGUGGAAGUAAUGGCCGCCUCAAACCUGCGAAGUCCGCGGAAUGACGACUGGACAUGUCUGCAGUGGGCGGCUGCCUGUGGAAGUACCAAGAUGCUGAGAGUGCUGGCGUCAACCGGCGGGGACAUCUUUACAGCGGAUGUCGAAGGCUGCACGCCUCUCCAUCUCGCUGCCAAGAAUGGCCACGAAGAGGCCGUGAAACUGCUGCUUGAACUUGGGGCCGAAAUGCGACUCGAGGACUGUCACGGACAUACUGCUCUCGCUCUAGCUUGCAUGGCAAAACACGAAAAGCAACAGUUAGUGGCUCAGCAGUCGGCAGACACAGCAGGAGCUACAACAGCAAUAGUUUGCGGCUCAGCAGGAAAGAAAUUCCGCUCUUCUGCAGCUUGUGUCUCAGCAGCAACAGCAACAACCACGGCAGACCGAUGUCGCAGCGGCGCCGCCACCGACGUUCGUUUCUUUCGACGACGCUUGGAGAGAUGGGGCGCCUACCUGUUAAGUUUGACUUGCAUUGUCCUGCGUACGAUGCGUGCUGUGGUGAACUGUCUGGCAGAAGCAGCAUUGCGCAAAUCCCUUCACGAUGGAUGGAGUUACCUGCAUCUCGCCGCUGAGUCAGGAGACACGCAGGUGCUGAGAGACCUGCUGUGCGGCUUUGCGGACCCGGCCGCCACGGACGACUGUGGCUGCAGCCCGCUGCACACGGCAGCGGCCAUGGGGCAGCUGGAGUGCGCCGCUCUGCUGGUGGACGCCGGGGCAAGCCUUGAGGCAAGGAACAACCAAGGCGGGACGCCACUGCUCAUGGCAGCCACUCAAGGAAGGGACACGGUGCUGAGGGAGCUGCUCACUCUGGGAGCGGAUGCGACGGCCUCGGACAGCUACGGGAGGACGGCACUGCACCUGGCGGCCGAGGGGGACCACGCGGAGUGCGCCAGGGCGCUGCUGGAGGUGCUGAACAGGGGCGACCGCGAGCGCGCCACCCAGGGGGGCGCGACCGCCCUGCUGGCGGCGGCGGCGGCCGGCAACAGCGCGGUGUUGCUAGAACUGUGCAAAGGUGGCUGCAACAUGUCAGCGAGGGAUGCAGAGGGCUCGCCGGCCCUACAUAUCGCUGUCGCCAAGGGCCAUGUGGACUGUGCCAAAGUCCUUUUGGAGGAAGGGGCCAACGCUGAAGAGAAAGACGCCGCAGGACUCACGGCCAUUGUGCUAGCGGCCAAACAAUGUCAACCGAAAGAUGCUGCAGGCUAA